AACAUUGUUUACUCCUUGUCAAUACAGAAUGGCACUGGGUGGAGGAGCUCCCCAGAGAGGAAGUGCGGCAGCUACUGCCAGCAUGCGCAGGAGAAGGACGACAAGUUCAGGUACAUCUGGAGGGGCAGCUGGAACAAUGCUGCAAUUUUACACGGAUGAUGCUCCUGGCCUCAAGAUAUCCCCCAACGUUGUACUCGUCAUGAGCAUUGGUUUCAUUGCGUUUGUUGCCAUUCUCCAUGUUAUGGGAAAGCUGUACUUCGUGCGAAGAGAAGCCUAGUGGGUUUUGCCCUUGAUUAAGUAUUGAAUAUUUAAAUGCAAUGAGACAAAAGUUUAAUUUUGAUCU